UGUCCAACUGUAACUUUGUGUUAUUGUGUGGUUUCAUAGUUUUUUUGGCACGGCAUGGAGUCUACACAGGAUGCCGACUCUGCCAAUGAACCUUAUGCUUCACAGCCAGAGACAACCGAACCUAUUUCGCAAUCCUCCUCAUUUCCUCAAACCAAUGAACGUCGACGAUCCGACUCCAAUAUUCUCAGAACACCAUUCCCUCGUUCAGAUACCCAAAUAAACAAUACUUCGCGUGGUCGCCGAAGAACAACAGCUCAUACUGUCCACAUUCGUCAGGAAUCCCCCAUCAAAUCGGUGCCCCCGUUCUACACGCAACGAUUCAACACACAGACCAACUCCAGACAACCAUCCACCAAAAAGCAGAAUCAAGCUCAGGAUGAUACUUUUUACCAAAAUUUAGAAAUUCGACUUCACCAUUCCGUUGGCAGUAUGAGUAUCAGUCCAACAUGCAGAGACGUGGUACUUGCAGGACGACAAGGUCUCGUUAUUAUCGAUCUGGAAGAUCCUUGGCUCUUGCCUCGUAUCUUGCCUCACAUGUCCAAAUGGGAAGUCGCCGAUGUGCAGUGGAGUCCGUAUGUGUCGCGAGAAUCAUGGGUCGCUUCAACGUCGAACCAAAAACUGCUUGUAUGGAAUUUAAACUGUAGUCAAUCGCAAGCCAUCGAAUACGUUCUCCAUGCUCACUCGCGUGCUAUUUCUGAUAUCAACUGGUCCCCGCAUCAUCCUGAUCUUUUAGCCACCUGUUCCGUCGAUACGUACGUGCAUCUUUGGGAUCUUCGCUGUGCGGAACAGAGUCAGGCCAGCGAAGACGGUCGAAGCGCCCGGCCAGCCAACUCAUUUACACCCUGGAAUGCCGCUACGACCCAGGUCAAAUUCAACCGCAAAAGCGAGUAUCUUCUUGCAUCGGCCCAUGAUAAGGAUGUAAAAAUUUGGGAUAUCAGAAAAGGCGCAGUGCCCGUCACAAGUAUUACAGCGCAUUCCAAGAAAAUUUACGGCAUUGACUGGAGUCGACAAAACGACCACGAUAUUGUCACUUGCAGUCUGGAUAAACUCGUCAAGUUCUGGGAUAUACAUACUCCGGAAAAAGAAAAGGAAGUCAUCGUCACCAACACACCUGUUUGGCGUGCACGCAAUACGCCCUUUGGUCACGGCGUGCUUACCAUGUCCCAGCGAAGCGAAUCCACUCUACAUUUAUACAACAGCCGAUCUCCAGAAGUGCCAGUUCACGCUUUUGCAGGUCAUACAGACACCGUCAAGGAAUUUGUCUGGCGUUGGAAAGGAGGCGCCAAUGAUGAUGUCGACGACCGCGAAUUCCAGCUGGUAACUUGGUCGAAAGAUCAGAAUCUACGGUUGUGGCCUGUAUCGGAAGAGAUUUUAAAGUCGGUGGGUCAUGAUCCUGAGAGCAAGGCAUUGUAUCCUAUGCCUGCUGCGGCCAGACUUCCCAGCAACUAUCGACCUCACUCGUUCCAGCAAACACCCACCGCACGACCGGAUCGUCCCGAUCCAUCGGCUGUGUCUGCGCCGAUGACACCUAUCCGUCUUACCCCCGGCAACGGCGUCUCCAGCAGCAUGACACCCUUUCGAUCCGCUGCCACCGCUGCGGGUAAUACAGGUUUCACGCCGGGUUAUGAUAUCAUGACCAAUGCCUACCGAGAGCAGAAAUAUACCAUCAAUCCUCUCUUGUGGAUGCAAAAUGUCAAAACCGUCGGUCCUCCGGCGGAGCUUCGAAGAGAUACCACCAAAGAAAUUACCUAUCAAACCGUGGCCGAAGAAAUGUCGGUCGUUCUCAAUAAAUUCGCCAGCGCCGGAGUGAAAACAGAAAAGGUCAAUACGGCUUCUCGAUGCUGUACCAUCUCACUGCAUGGGCCAUGGUCCGAUACGGGGAUUGCAUUUUUACGUAUUACGAUUCGCUUCAGUCCUCAGUAUCCCGAUAACAGUCCGCCCGAGUUUGAAAUCCAGAAAAACAGCAUGAUUUCUAUUUACUACCGUGCGCACAUGGCUCAAGAUCUGAAUGUGCUUGCCUCGAGUUACACGUCGCAGAAAAAAUGGUGCCUGGAACCGUGUAUCCGUUAUCUUUUGGGUGAAACCAUUCAAACCGAUGCGGAUCUUUCAAGCAGUGCUGGGGUGGGCAAUGCCACGGACACUUCUGUGGGCGUUCCUUCGCAUGCUACCAACGGGGCGGGCCUCCCCUUCACCAGUAGCCCAGGACAACCUGGAUAUGGCAACAACUGGAAUACGAGUACCGCAGUUGAUAACGGGGACUCGGAUGAUGAGAUUUUUGCCGGUCCACCGUUCAUGGGAGGCAUUGGUGGAGGUUACGGCAUGGCUGGAAAAAGGGUUAGUUUGCAAAGCGAAAAAGGCAUCGUUGUCGAUAUGUCGUCGAAACAAAGUGCCGACGAAAAGGUGCCAUUUCCCCGCCUUUGCGGUGCUGUAUUCUCCGGGAGCGGUCAACUUGUUUGUUUCUUUUCAACGUUGCGCGUACGCGAUUCGAAGCGAUCGACACAGAACGGAGCGGCGGCGGCGAAAAAUGAAAAUGGAGACAAUGGCAGCCCUGCCAGCAAUGGAGAAUAUUUCGAAAACACGUACAGCGAUUUUUACAAACAUCCGCGCACGUAUGAACAAUUUGAAGAAUACAAGGAGAUUGCCCACAUGUCACGUCAAGGACGGAAUGCUACUGUGCUUGUGGGAGGUUCCGGUGGAGCGUUUGGUGAAUACGCUUACGAUGACGACCCCGAUGAUAUGGAUGACGGAUUAACCAACAUGGCCUCGCUUUAUUUCAAACCCGAUAGCUUGGUGUUGGGCAGUUCGUUAGCCAACAACGAUAACUUGCUUUACGGAAGUGUCAAACCUGAUCGGAUCACUCAUAAUGUUCUCAUUGCUAACUUUUCCCAUGUGCUACCAUUUGAUUCUUGGCUGGCCAAGAAAUACAUGUUAUCAUCGGUCGAUCCUGUCACUGCGUGUAUGCAUAAUGCCCAAGUGUGCACCACCAAUGAUCGCAUGGAUUUGUCAAGGAUUUGGUAUCUGGCCUUGGAAAUUCUAGCCGAAUGCGUUCCCAUGGACUAUGAGGAUCUUCUCGCCGACAAUGACCAUCCGUCCACAUCAAUUCAAAGAGUGUUGGGACAAAAGAAUCUCCCAAAGAGCAAGGAUUAUCUGCGUUUAAAAUCCAAACGAAGCGUUCACUGGGGAAUGCAUCCUUUAGGCCAACGCCUCGUCUCCAAUCUUAUACAGCAUUUUGUUCGUAUUAGCGACGUGCAAACGGCGGCCAUGCUCUGUUGCAUUUUCCAGCGGAUUCCUCGAUUAUUGCAUCAACACAGGAUCCCUGCUAUGCAUACGGCUGUGGUGACGGAAAAGUCACCCGAGACAACGACGUUGGAUUACUUUUCACUGAAACAGACGCAUAAACAUGACAUGUAUGCAUCUCAGUUGAUUAAUACCCAUGGCGGUUCCCAUGGUGAAAAGACCAUGACCGAACGUCCGGUGGACUCGCAUCUAAGUCAGUCUUACGGUGGACGUGGGGUCAAUUUCUUUUCGUAUUUCUGGGACAGCGAUCGUCACGCUUCUCCUGGAGCUCAGACGUCGACGCCAACGUCCGCUGGCGGCGAUGAUCACUCCACGCCAGCCGAGACUCCGGAUUCAGUCAAUGAUCCUAGAACUUCUUCGCCCAAACGACUUCGACUCAACCCACCUUGGAUGUCGAAUUACGCCAGUGCCAAAUUACCCAGCAAUACCGCUCCAGGGUUACGACCGAUUUCAGGCAGUGCCGGAUCGGCACAUCUUCCAUACAUGACGACACCCAACAUUGCUACACCGUACGUGGUGACCCCGCCCACUCCCUUCAUGUCGACUUUGGUCGCCAACAAGGAAGGCAAAGUCAUUCCUACCGAGGAACUUACCAUUCAAUUUACCAAUAUGGAAUACUUUGACGACGAAAAGCUGUUCCCCAUGCAGGAUAUACCACUUCUUGAUACCAACGCGUCGGCGCAACAAGAUGUGUUGCGUUUGAACUAUGCAGACAUGUUGUAUCGUUGCACGUUGUUGGAGCCACGCGCCGAAGUGUUGAAAUUUUCCAAGCAAGUGGUGGUGCCCGAUACGGAGCGGACCAUGCAGAUUCAAAUUCGGUGCUACUUGUGCAAUACCGAAAUCAACGACGGAGACCAAAUCUGUCCUGCGUGUCGAAAACAUCGACAACAGAUCCGUUGCAGCAUUUGCCAUGUUUUGGUCAAAGGCCUCAGCAACUUUUGUAUCAAGUGUGGCCAUGGGGGUCACAGCUCGCACAUGAAGGACUGGUUCAUUCAUCAAGAACAAAACGUGUGCCCCACAGGCUGUGGAUGUCACUGUUUGAUAGAGACAAUGACUUUUGGCACUCUUGUCUCAUAGAAACCUCCCCUUCCCCCUCCCCCCGCCAUUGAUUGUACAUAGCUUCCAAAAUUAAUUCCACUCCUAAUCUAUGCCGUUAUCCGUCUCACAUUGCCCUAUUUAAAUUCCAUGCAUUUGAUUUCAUCCCACCAACCUAUUUCAUCCCAUAUUAAUAAAUAUCGUUUUUUU